AUGGAUUUUGAACUCAUGUGUGAUGCAAGCGAUUAUGCGGUUGGUGCGGUAUUAGGCCAAAGAAGAUCAAAAAUUUUCCAUGCAAUUCACUAUGCUAGUAAAGUUUUGAAUGAAGCUCAAGUUAACUAUGCAACCACUGAAAAAGAGCUACUAGCCAUAGUGUAUGCAUUGGAAAAAUUUAGAGCUUAUUUGAUCGGUUCUAAAGUUGUAGUCUACACCGACCAUUCGGCAACCGGUUUGAUACCGAAAGACUUCACUAACAAUCAAAGAAAGAAAUUUCUAGCGGAUGCCAAACACUAUGUAUGGGAUGACCCAUAUCUAUUCAAGGAAGGUGUUGACAGCAUCUUGAGAAGAUGUGUCACCAAUGAAGAAGCAAAAGAUAUUCUUUGGCAUUGUCAUAACUCUCUGGAUGGAGGCCACUAUAGUGGAUGGAGAACAACUACCAAAGUACUCCAAUCGGGGUUCUUUUGGCCUACUCUAUUCAAAGAUGCUCACGAGCACGCAAAAAGUUAUGACAAAUGUCAAAGGAGCGAAGGAAUAGGCAAACGAGAUGAAAUUCCCUUGACCAAUAUGUUAGAAGUAGAAGUCUUUGAUUGUUGGGACAUUGAUUUUGUUGGUCCAUUUCCUCCCUCUUUCGCUAAUGAAUAUAUUCUUGUUGCCGUUUACUAUGUAUCCAAGUGGGUGGAAGCGCUUGCUACACCUAAGGCCGAUGCCAAAACUGUGAUCAAAUUCUUAAAGAAAAAUAUCUUCUCACGUUUUGGUGUGCCAAGGGUUUUGAUAAGUGAUGGAGGAUCAAACUUUUGUAAUACACCUCUGGAAAAAGUUUUAGAACAUUAUGGUGUAAAACAUAAGGUGACCACUCCCUAUCACCCACAAGAAAAUGGUCAAACGGAAGUGUCAAAUAGAGAAGUAAAGAGAAUUCUUGAGAAAACAGUCUCUAGCUGUAGAAAAGAAUGGUCAUUGAAAUUAGAUGAAGCUUUGUGGGCAUACCGUACUGCCUACAAAGCUCCUAUUGGAUUAACUCCUUUUUAG